AUGGAAACCGUCACUGGGGGCUCUGGACUGGGAGCCUUCGCUAGCGGCUCUGGACUAUGCUCCUGCAACAACCACGUCCACAACGAGAACCACAGCCGCAGCUCCGACAACCACAGCCAUGCCCACAACAUUCAAAGUUUCCCCCACAUCAACCACAGAUUCUGCUACGACAACAGCCGUCCCCACAACAUCCACAGCUGUUCGUACUACAACUAUAGCUACCCCCACAACACCCACAGCUUCCCCCACAACAACCGUAGCUGCUACGACAACAACAGCUGCAACAACCAAAGACAUCCCCACAACCACAGAUGCUCCCGCAACAACCACGUCCACAACGACAACCAAAGCAGAAGCUCCGACAACCACAGCCAGCCCCACAACAUCCAAAGCUUCCCCUACAUCAACAACAGAAUCUGCUACGACAACAGCCAUCCCCACAACAUCCACAGCUGUUCAUACAACAACUAUAGCUACCCCCACAACACCCACAGCUUCCCCCACAACAACCGUAGCUGCUACGACAUCAACAGCUGCAGCUACAACAACCAAAGACAUCCCCACAACCACAGAUGCUCCCGCAACAACCAUGUCCACAAAGACAACCACAGUCGCAGCUCCGACAACCACAGCCAGCCCCACAACAUCCACAGCUUCCCCCACAUCAACAAAAUAUUCUGCUACGACAACAGCCAUCCCCAAAACGUCCACAGCUGUUCAUACAACAACUUUAGCUACCGCCACAACCACAGCUGCCGCCAAAACACCCACAGCUUCCGCCAAAACACCCACAGCUUCCCCCACAACAACCGUAGCUGCUACGACAACAACAGCUGCAGCUACAACAACCAAAGACAUACCCACAACCACAGAUGCUCCCGCAACAACCACGUCCCCAACGACAACCACAGCCGCAGCUCCGACAACCACAGCCAGCCCCACAACAUCCAAAGUUUCCCCCACAUCAACCACACAGUCUGCUACGACAACAGCCGCCCCGACAACAUCCACAGCUGUUCGUACAACAACUAUAGCUACCCCCACAACACUCACAGCUUCCCCCACAACAACCAUAGCUGCUACGACAACAACAGCUGCAGCUACAACAACCAAAGACAUCCCCACAACCACAGAUGCUCCCGCAACAACCACGUCCACAACGACAACCACAGCCGCAGCUGCGACAACCACUGCAAUUGCUGCUACUUCAACAACAGCUGCGGAUACAACAACCACAGAUGCACCCACAACAAUCACAAAAAUGUUGACAACAACUACAUCAGCUCCCAGAACCACAACAGCUUCUCCCACAACAGCCACAGCUGUACUCACAACUUCCACAACAACCACAGUUGCUGCUGCUACAACAUCUACAGCUGUGGUUACAAAAACAACCGUUUCUCCAAAAACAACCACAGCAGCACCAAAAGCGACUACAGCAGUCCUAACAACAACAGCUGUUACCACAACAACCACAGCUUCCCCCACAACAACCGUAGCUGCUACGACAACAGCUGCAUCUACAACAACCAAACACAUCCCCACAACCACAGAUGCUCCCGCAACUACAACGUCCACAACGACAACCACAGCCGCUGCUCCGACAACCACAGCCAUCCCCACAACAUCCACAGCUGUUCAUACAACAAUUAUAGCUACCCCCACAACCACAGCCGUCCCCACAACAUUCACAGCUGUUCGUACAACAACUAUAGCUACCCCCACAACACCCACAGCUUCCCCCACAACAACCGUAGCUGCUACGACAACAACAGCUGCAGCUACAACAACCAAAGACAUCCCCACAACCACAGAUGCUCCCGCAACAACCAAGUUCACAACGACAACCACAGUCGCAGAUGCUCCCGCAACAACCACGUCCACAACGACAACCACAUCCGCAGCUGCGACAACCACAGCCAGCCCCACAACAUCCAAAGUUUCCCCCACAUCAACCACAGAUUCUGCUACGACAACAGCCGUCCCCACAACAUCCACAGCUGUUCGGACAACAACUAUAGCUACCCCCACAUCACCCACAGCUUCCCCCACAACAACUGUAGCUGCUACGACAUCAACAGCUGCAGCUACAACAACCAAAGACAUCCCCACAACCACAGAUGCUCCCGCAACAACCACGUCCACAAAGACAACCACAGUCGCAGCUCCGACAACCACAGCCAGCCCCACAACAUCCACAGCUUCCGCCACAUCAACCACAUAUUCUGCUACGACAACAGCCAUCCCCACAACAUCCACAGCUGUUCAUACAACAACUUUAGCUACCGCCACAACCACAGCUGCCGCCAAAACACCCACAGCUUCCGCCAAAACACCCACAGCUUCCCCCACAACAACCGUAGCUGCUACGACAACAACAGCUGCAGCUACAACAACCAAAGACAUACCCACAACCACAGAUGCUCCCGCAACAACCACGUCCCCAACGACAACCACAGCCGCAGCUCCGACAACCACAGCCAGCCCCACAACAGCCAAAGUUUCCCCCACAUCAACCACACAGUCUGCUACGACUACAGCCGCCCCGACAACAUCCACAGCUGUUCGUACAACAACUAUAGCUACCCCCACAACACUCACAGCUUCCCCCACAACAACCAUAGCUGCUACGACAACAACAGCUGCAGCUACAACAACCACAGAUGCAACCGCAACAACCACGUCCACAAAGACAACCACAGUCGCAUCUCCGACAACCACAGCCAGCCCCACAAAAUCCACAGCUUCCCCCACAUCAACAACAUAUUCUUCUAA